AACCAUCUAGACCUGAUAUAUGCGAUAUACGUGAAUCGGGUUACUUGGCUUUACGUCACGGGCAACCCCAGGUGUCUGAUGGAUGACUACCUAAGUAUGACUGACAGAUUUCAUCUAAUAUAGGAAAGUGAAGAGAGUUAGGAACACUGACUACAAACGUAUAGUAGAAUAGUGGAAUACUAGUGAGUCAGGUCCAGUGACUAACAAUGUUGAAAAGCGUAAAUGCCGUAAAAAGGAUUUGAAGACUAUGGCAAUUACUUUCAAUUUUCAAUUGUAUGGAUGUGAAGAUGAAACUUAACUGGACCCAUUCUGGACACUGCUCAAAGACACUAGAAGAGCUCUGGAACAAUGGACAAUAACACUCAGUUGCAUCAUAACAGUGGUUGUGAUAAUCUCUAUAUUUAUCAUUUGGUAAGACAAUUAGCAAUAUAAUCAAAAUGGUAUCACUCAUGAAGUUAACACUGAAGACUGGCUGACUGGAAGUUGGUAGCAAUGAAUGAAAAAGAAAGCGACUCUCAAGAAGUUCCACAACGUGUUGGUUGAAGGUAUCAUUCUGAGUGAAACUUUCCUGGGAGAGUUCAUAGAGCAAGGGAUUUUAGAUCUCGACCUCAAGGAGGAGAUCACAUGUGAGGCGACUGUGCAAGCCAAGAAUGCCAAGUUCCUGUCAGUCCUUCCACGCCGUGGCCCCAAUGCCUUUCCCACCCUACUACGAGUGCUGGAGGGACAGGCACCUUGGAUCAGAGAAGAGUUGGAGACAUUCUACAACAAGCAGAGACGUAUUGUGUACACUAGGGAAGGUGAUUUCGUCUCUGAUGAUAAUACAAAUAUACAGCCCAGUUAUGAUCCUCCAAGCAGAAGCCAGAGUACAUCUGUACUGGAAAAGGCUGUGCAAACACUGGAAGAUUUCCAUAAUGAAGAGGAUGUCAAUGACAUCAAACAUCUGCGGUUGACAAUCGAACAUAUCCAUCUGAGACUGGUGACCUACCUUCAUAGUCAGGGAAUUCGAGAAUUUAACAUUGUUGAAUCAAAUGUCACCUCUGAGUUACUGGACAGAGUAGCAAAGGAAAUGUUGAAUGUUGUGUCAAACAAGGACAACAUACUUUCAAGUAUUUCCAGUCAGUUUAGUGAAACUGAAAAGCAACAUGCAGAAAAUGAUGUGAGUAGCAUGGUGAAGAAUGUCCUUUCCGACAAAGCCUCACUGAAACAGUAUCUUGACAAUAAGGACUUGGAGGUGAUGAAGUCAGAGAAAGAGUCCAAUGAAAGGAUUGAAAACCUGGAGGAUGAACUCAGGCACCUUAAUGAGAAAGUUGAGGAAAAGCAGCUUCAAGUACAAGCACUGGAGGAACAGUUGCAGGGUAAGGAGAGAGAGAUUCAGAAGUUGGAAGAGGCUGCCACAUUGCAGCUUCAGGAGCCACUGUCGAAAAGGAUACACAGCUUGAUAGAUGAUGUGUUGGCAGUGAAAAGUCAGAAGGAGAAACAGAUGUACCAGACAGAGCAGGAGUUUCAGGAUCUGCAGAAGGAUACUAAUGGUCUUGAGAAUCUGUUGAAUCAGCUGAAGAGUGUUCAUUAUCAUGCUGAACAACAGCAUAGGAGACAUGAACAGUAUCAGUCUGUACACGAGAGAACCAAUGACAAGAAUAUCAGUAGAGAUGGCAAGGUGUACCAAGGCAUUGUUUCUUCUGAACAAACUUCAACGUUUGAUAGCCGUUUUGAUUUUGACAUGUCAGCCAACAACAAUGAGAGAAGCUACCAAACAAAACUCAGCAGGAGUCCUAGAAGAAGACUGAAGAGAAGUCCUAGACCUGCCAACAUGCUAGUAAACAGGUCCAAUUCUGAUACUGUGCCUACAUCACCUAAGCAGAAAACACCUCGAUACCAGCAACCACUAAUUAGUCGGCAGAUUUCAGAACUUCACCUUGAUAACCAAUCAAUAUCAAGACAAAGUACAGAUUUCUGUAGGUCAGUGUCCAGACAAGGAACAGAUUUAUCCAGAUCUACAUCUAGACAGACGACUAAUAUCUCUUUGAAAAGCAACACCAUGUCUAUGCUUUGCCCAAGCCGACAGAGCACAGAUCUGUCUCUGAUGAAUGGACAUCAGUCCAGGACAUCAAGCAGAUCUGAAGACCCUCUUGCAUCUGCUAGACAAACACCUCGUGAUAGUCCUCAACUACAUUACAAGACCAGACCUGGAAGUGUCAGGCCAAGUCCAAGGCAAACUCGUUCCCUAUUUCAGACAAGAAAAACAUAUCGUCCGCUGUACAUGAGGUGACAAGGUGCAUUAGUAAUUCAAAGAAAGAUUAGGAUUUGCUUAUUUCGCUGGUACACACUGUCUCAACAUAUUUAUGUACCCUGUGGAGAUGGACCAAAACUUUCUUUGUUGGAAACUAUUUAUGUACAAGAAAAUGUUUGGACAAAAAGGUCUAAGGCAUUACAUAUCACUGUUAAAUGAUUAACAGUUCAACUAUAAGACAGAGCAUUACUUUUUAGCUUCCAGAAUACAAUGAGAAGAAUGCUAUUCUCAUUUUAGCCUGAAGGAAAUGGCUCAAUCACUUUAAAUUAUUUCAAACCAUCAUUAUUGUAUAGACGUAAAUUCAAACAAGGACCUCAACUCACCAGCCAUGUAUCUGUCAUCUUAGUGAGUGCAUUAUCCCCUUAUGGUUUAUGAGCAUCGGUGCAAGACAUCAGUAUACAUGUAUAUUCUUGUUGUGAACAUCAUACUAAAUGCUACAUGUACAUACAGUAUGUGAACCCGGUAAUGUUAACUGCUUUUUGCAUAUCAAUGUUUGUUGCUUUUAUCUAUACAUCAUUGUACAGCUCCAUUACAUUUCUCAAAUGUGGAAUAAAAAUAAAAUCAAGUGUAGUCA